AUUUUGAGCAAAUCGUGAGGCCUUCAUUAGUAGAUAAGGAACAACUCGAGUUGCACAAUAUGCUGUUGUUAGGAAUACUUAAUAAUUGUUUGUGCAACGACCCUCCACCACCACAAAAUCAUCCGGUCAUUCAACAAAAGAAACGUAGUCGUGAAGAUGAAUUGCAUGGUCAUAGUGACGGGAUACCUGAUCCUAAGAAACGACGAAUUAAAGAGCUUGUAAUGUCGUUACCCCGAGAAGAACGAGAGAGAAUUAAAAGUUUAAGAAAGGAUUUAAAUGGAGUUAUAACGAUGCCAGAUCCUAUGACUACAGUCUUACCAGUGCCAAAGUCAGAGCAGUUACCAUUAUUUGAUUAUAAUGACCAACAAAAUGUUGUUAAACCACAACUCAAUCCAGAACGUGUUCAAACCUGUCGAGAAAUGAAAGCACUACCCGAUUCUAAUACUUUAUAUGGCAGAAUUUUAGAGAUAGCACGAGCGAAUGGCUUGCAAAAUAUUUCAGAAGAUUGUGCAAGCCUACUCAAUUAUGGAUUGGAGUCACAUCUUAAAAAUAUUAUUGGCAAUGUUAUGCAAAAGACCCGAGCUGGUAAUUCAUUUGGCAUUAACUCAUCUGGAAUGAGAAAUGCCGACUGUAGGUAUCGGGCUGCCACAACAAGCCAAGAAAAGAGAACAAUAACUUCCCGCGAUUUAUCAUUCUCUUUUGAGAUGUCUCCUCAUAUUCUUGUAGAGCCAUCUUUUGCACGUGAAAAAUUGACAUCCGUGGCCUCAGACUGGACCAAAUUGGUCUGGAAUCGAUUUUUUCCCGAUAAUCAUUUCCCUGACUAUCCUUUUCCGAUAGUAACAUUUCCCGACACUGUUUUUCAGACUAGUGUUUAG